CUGGAGCUCUGUCUCUCCCUGGCGUGGAGCAUGAGGAGGGAAGAAGAGAAAGAGAGAGAGAGAGAGAAUGACAUAAGAACAUGAGGACAACAUGGUCAGCGUCACCUUGUCAUCUCAUGAGCCUUCCUCCUACCGAAUCACCAUAAAGGAUUAAAAAGGACAUUUUGACAUAAUUAUUUCUUUACACAUUUUCGACACCUCAUCAUUCUCGGAUGUUUGAUAUUCCAUUUUUUUCCACUAUCUGAAUAACGUCAACACUGGAGUGAUCAUUGUUUCAAAGCGACUCAGUCAGCCUGCCCGACUGCGUGGAACCAGUCGCGUGGCUGACUAACAGGCCGUGACAGCGGCUCCAGAACAGUGCUCGUAUUUGGGACCUGAUGUGUUAUGGACAGGGAGUGGGCCUCAUUUCUAGAAGGGAGACGCAACGUGCUGCUACUAUACUUAAGUUACAGGAGGACUCUGAGGAUAAACAACUCCGCAGGCAGACGGCAUGCUGGGUGACACACAACAUGGGUUCUUUCAACACCAUCCAGUAUUUAUGCACCUGGGACAAUGUGGAUUGUAAAAAAAGUUUGAUUCACAUCCUUAAAGACAGACCCUACACACACACCGACAAACAGGCAGGCAGACGGACAGUGGGAUUAAUCAAGAGCGUCGGCCAACCGUGACUUUUUCAAGGACAACACACUUGGCCGUUCGUCAGGAUGCACCAUGGGAAGAACCCAGCCGGAGCGAAGGGAGAGUGCUGGAGUUCCAGGAACACGGAGGCUUCAGCCGCGUGUAAACACUGACACUUGGUUAUUGGUGUGAGCCUCAUCUGCCCGGCCACUGCUGAUUGGACACUUGGCCUCUUGAGUGGGGCCAUGAACGCAAGAUCCCACUCACACACUCGUUCUUUCUCCGCCCGCCCUUACACGCCCGUAGCGUGAGGGGAAAAUGAGUCUGGACUGAACCAGCCUCAGCUUCAACGCCGCCCCUCAGAUAAAGAGCCCCCACCCCAAAGAUACGGAACCAACUCCUCUCAGACGCAGUACCCCCGCCCCCAGACGGAAAGUCCCCCCCAUCGCCUAGACACAGAACCUGCCCUUCCAUACGGAGACAGCCUCGUCGUGGUAAAAGGAACAACGGAAGACACCUGUUCUGUGAAGACCUAGGGACUAACCAGCCUAAUAGGAGCACCAGGGCUGUGUCCAACCCCUCCACAGGCUGGGGGAGAGAUACAGAACGUCUGAGGGGGAGAGGGGUGAGGCAGCAGGGUGCCCCCCCGUAAAAACCAUGAUGGAGAAACUGAAUCCCCCCUCCGCUUCACCCCCCUCUGAGCCCCUGUUGGAGUCAGACCGGCCAAGCCCCGAACAGACUGUCUCGCCGGCGAACGCCGGCAGCCCCGCGUCGUCCGACAAACCAGGAAGUCCUGGAGGCACAGCAGCACCCGGCUCCAGCCCCGCCCCUUCCCCGCCUGCUCACCCCGAGCCCCGCACCACGCUGCUGGACACGCCCCCCGCCACGCUGCUGGACACGCCCCCCGCUACGCUGCUGGACACGCCCCCCGCCCCCGCUGCUGCCUCCGCACCUGAGCUGACAGUCGCCUCGGAGACGGAAAACGACAAAGGAGGGAUAGUCAAUGCCUCCCCCCGUAAACCCUGUCCCCCGUCCCCGGUCUCCACCGCAGAGUCUCCGACGUCCACUACGGCCCCUGUCCUGCUCCCGGUGUCUUCCUCAUCCUCCUCAUCCUCCUCCUCCUCCAUCGCUCCCCACAUCCCCGUCAUCAGCCUGGGGCACAGCAAGCCCCCUCACCCGCUUUCCCUCCCCAGUAACACCCCCCUGACCGCCCUGCACCCCAUCCCCAACCACCCCCACCAACACAGGGACCUCCGCCUCCCCCAGCUCCCCUCCCUCUCGGGACCCAUGCCGGCCCCCUCUCAGGGCUCCCUGUUGCCCCUCCAUUACCUGCCACCACACCCCUUCUUCAACAGUCCAUACAUGAGUCCCUCUGGUAACUUUGGUAUCUUUGCCAGUAGAAACAUCAAGAGGAGGCCCUCUUCACAGUACGAACUGGAUCUCAAUGACGCGGGGCCUCCUCAGAAGCUUGCACGGCGUGUGUUCACCAACAGCCGGGAGCGCUGGCGUCAGCAGAACGUCAACGGGGCCUUCUCUGACCUCCGCAGACUCAUCCCCACCCACCCUCCGGACAAGAAGCUGUCCAAGAACGAGAUCCUACGCCUGGCCAUGAAGUACAUCGACUUCCUGGUCACCUUGCUGAACGACCAGGCCCAGGACAAAGACGGGGGCUCGCCUGAGGAAGGGGCCCAGGAUGGGAGGGCCCAGGCUGGGUUGAAAAACAAGGAACUGCUCCCGCUUUUCCAGGGUGACACUACCUUAACUUUGCCCCACCGUGAAAGAGGAGACUCAAACGACUCGAUCAUCAACCACGCUAACUCCCCGACCUCCAGUUGCUAUAGCAACACAGACAGUGAGGAGAGUUUGGGGAGCGGGGCUAAGAACUCGAUGUUGGGGCCGCAGGGCAUUAUGGGAAAGGGCAAAGGUCAAAUUCGGACUGGGGUGACCGCCGCCAGCGGCCAGCGGUGACACAGCAAAUGACAUUGAACACAUGACUGACUGGAGUGUUUUGAUGCAAACAUAAUUCCUCAAACUGACAAAGACAACAAACUGUGUCAAGAAAGGACUUGGAUGAAGGCAGACUAUUUGAGCUUAUUUUUUAAUUACAUAGGUCCCAUUUCUAGUUUUUGACCGUUCAUCUGUUUGGCUUUGGCAUGCUGCAGUGUGGAGCUUAAGCUUCAACAGGCUACCGGGGAAACGCUGUCUUGACUGCUUUUGAAUCCAGUAGGACAGUGCACAACAACAUCAGAAAAGGCAGUGUUGACCUCAUAGCUUCACUUUCCGCAGUUUCAGACAUCAAACCACAUCUAUGACCGUAGCCUUCCAUAGCUUUAGCUUACUUGGCAGUUUUGAAGUUGGCUGUUUUCUUUCUUUGGUCUGAGGGGAGAAGAGGACGUUGUGACACUCACUGCGUUCCAAAUGGAACCGUCUUCCCUAUUUAUUGCGUUACUUUUGACCCAAUCCCACAGUGUUUGGGGCAAAAUGAGUGCACUUGAGAGUGUAGGAAAUCGGGUGCCAUUUGGGACAUUGACACUGCGAGCUGACUGAAAUAAAGAAGAUUUGAGUUUGUUGUUCCGUAUUCAACAUCCUCUUAUUGCACUCAAAUACAAUUACAUGCAGCCCAUUUUUAAGAACUGCUCAACCCCUCCAGUUGUUUAGCUGCUGUGUCCAAUUUGAGAAACAGGCUGUCAGAGAUUGUUGUGUGUGUGUGUGUGUGUGUGAAAGAGUGAAAUAUGUAUUUUCAAAGUAUUGUCAACCAGAUGGCUUUUUAACGUCUUUAUAGGGUGUUAUGAAAAUCUGUUUGCUGAAGGUUUGUUGUUCUUUAAAAAGUGUGCUAUGCAAGUGUAGAUAUGAGCAUCUAACAGGAAUGAGUAUAAACCUAGGCCUCUUUAAAAGCCAGAAGUCCAUAGUAAGUAAUGAAUUAUGGGUGGGAACGUGUUGUAAAUCAAUGCAAACUUGAAACACGUCAAACCAAUUAAAUGCUUCCCCUGGGCGGGGCCCCAAAGUGCUAACUAGUGUAAGUAGGUGUAAUAGAUGUGUGCAUGUUUGGGAAAUGGCAGAUUAAAACCAUAGUAUGUUGACCAA